CGCCCGAGCGCUCGGCGCUCGGCUGCGAUCGGUAACUCGGCGCUCGCUUAGGAGGGGGCUGCGUCAACGUCAAGAUGGCGGCGCCCGGGGUGGACGAGAGGGGCCUGUUCGCUCAGGGGCUGGCGCUGGCUCACGGUUUCGGGGGGCCCCAAGGACCCGAAAAAGCCGCUUGGUUGGCCGGAGCCCUCCAGGAAUUUUUCACCCAAAAUGCGGAGCUGGGGGAGGAGGAGGUGGAGGAGUUCCUGGCCGAGGUCAUGGACAACGAGUUCGACACCGUGGUGGAGGACGGCAGCCUGCGGCAGGUGAGCCGGGAGCUGCUCUUGCUGUUCUCCCGCGCCAGCCGGGGGGACGUGGGGGGGGUGGGGGCGGCGCUGGGGGCUCUGGCUCGACGAGGCCCCGCCCUCCGCGCUGCCCUGGCCGCCGCCCACCCCGGGGAUGGCCCCGCCCACCUGGAGUCUGGCCACGCCCACCUGGAGUCCGGCCACGCCCACCCGGCCACGCCCAGCCAGGAGGAGGAGGAGGAGAGCAGUGAGGAGGAGGAAGAGGCGAUGGAGUGCGGGACACCCCCUGCCCCCCCCGACGGCUGGACCCUGGUGCGGAGGCGGCGCCGAUGAGGGAGGGGGGAGGGGUGACGCCCCUCCCCCACCCUGCCCCCCCAACUUGGGGGUCGCCCCUCCCCCACCCUGCCCCACAACUCGCGGGCGGGGUCAUGGGGGGCAAUAAAGGGCCCCCCCCCCCGAUUUGGGGCGUGGUGGAAAGAGGUGAAAUGGUUUUUUUGCGGGGGGGGGGGGACGGACCCCCCUAUAGAGGCUCUACAGCCCCAUCGAGGCCCCUCCCAGUUCAGCCCAGUAUGUCCCAGUACCCCCGGCCCCUCCCAAAAUGGCGGCGUCCACGCUCCUCCCCUUCCAAAAUGGCGUCUCCCUAACGUCUCCACGGCAACGGGUGGGCGGGGU